UAAGUAGACUUCAAAGCGGCGUGACAUCGCUCUGCCAGUCCCUUCCUGCCUGAGAAAGGCCUUCAGACGCCAUUUUCCUCACACUGAUGCAUCUAAUCAUAGUGCAUCCCUUUCCUGGAAUGCCUGAGGAACACAUUGGUGCUGCACCUCAGCCGGAUCCCUGGUUGGCUGAGCUUGCCCGCAUUGCUUUCAGUGAAUCCAUGAGGGGUUUGUUUCUUACUAGACCGUGCUGCUGAAAUCUUUGUAGUUGGUAGCUGUGGAAAGAAAAGCAGCUUCAGGAAGAAAAGCCUGAAAGUGAUUUGAAUGCUUACUUUCCAAAAUGCACAGGGAGUGUGGAAGAAGUCCUCUUUCAGUCGGCCAGCUGAACCUGAUCAAAAACCUCUUAAAACUCCCAGUAUCUAAAGUUGCCAAGUAACUACUCAGUGCAGAGUUUUAUCUAGUCUAACACUUAGCAGUAUUGUUGCUUCAGACUACCAUUUGAAAAGUUGGAGCCUGGAUGUCAGCUUUCAUCUUGACUGAACGCGUGGCAGCCCCAGAAGUAUAGGGUAGAGGUGGGGAGAGAAACCCUUGAAGAUUGUGGAAGACUUCAGUAUGAGUCAUUCCUCCAUAAGUAUUAAGCUUAUCCCAUGUAUUUCACUUCUCUCUUUUUUUUUUUUUUUUUUUUUUGUGUCAUGCUUUCAAACUUUCAAACUCUGGAGCUCUUCCUGUGCCAUUGCAAAGCCCAGAACUGAAAUAAUUCCCAACUUCUUACUGUGUCAGGCAGCCAUACCUGUCAAUUUUAAGCUUACUUUAAGAGCAGCCUUUUUUGCUGGGGAAAGCUCGGGUUCGCUCUUUACUGGUAUGUUGUUUUUCCUUCAGUAGUGGAAAAAUUUCCUCAGUGAGCAGGACUGGCAUGGUAUAAAUAUGCAGCGUAAAUCCCAUUAAGCCAUAGAUCGGGCAAUUCCACCAUACAGCACUGUGUUCAUGCCUGCUGGAAAGCCUUGGCAGCAGUGAAAGGGACCUCUGAGCCCCGUUCCGCUUACUGAGUCCCAAGAAAUGCCCGUGUUCUGCCUCCAUUCUUGAGCCUUCAGUCACAUGAUGAGACAGGGAAAGUUUUCUUAGUUGUGAGGAUGCACCUCUCUUCAUGCACUCAGCUCCAGGAGAGAUUUCACAGUGUGUCCCUUUUGUCCUCAUAGAGGUGCCCAAAAGAUACGAUUGAGCCAGUGGGAACCCACCUUGCUCUUAAGGAUGUGUAUGGUUCAGAAGUGUAUUAAUCAUCUAAUGGUACAAGGCAGUGUGUGACCUCUUCCCAUUUGAGGAUGAGGACCCUGCUCAUCACUUAAUGCUUGUAGCAAGGGCUGAGCUGAAGGGAGUGGGAAGGUUGUGGGCCAAAGCUGAGCCUCCCUGUGCUGCGCAGGAGUUGGUGCACGCUCUCCCCGCAUGUGCUGUUGCGUCACCAUAGCUGUUGGCACUGGCAGCCAGGAGUGGUGUUCUGUAGCCCUUGUUAAGCAAAGAACAUGAGCGUCACGGUUUUCUACAGUUGGCAACAAGUACCGUACAGCCACUUGCUCACCCUCCUCCCCAUGGUGAUAUGGGGUAGAGAAUCUGAAGAGCAAAAGUGAGAAAACUUGUGGAUUUAGAUAAGAACAGUUUAGUAAUUGAAAUAUAAUAAAUUGUAAUUAAAAAGUAAAACAACAAGGGAGAGGAACAAAACCCAAGAAAAACAACUGAUACAGUUGCUCACUGCCUGCUGACUGGACUGAUGGCUGAUCCCUGAGUAGCAAUGACUGCCCCCCUGGCCAGCUCCUCGAGUUUUAUAUACUGAGCGUGAUGUCAUAUAGUAUGGAAUAUCCCUUUGGCCAGUUUGGAUCAGCUGUCCUGGCUGUGCCCCCCUUAGCUUGUGCACACAGCAGAGCAUGUGAAGCUGAAAAAUGUCCUUGACUAGUGUAAGCACUACUUAGGAAAAACAAAAACCUCAGUGUGUUAUCAACAUUGUCCUCAUAAACCCAAACACAGCACUAUACCAACUACUAGGAAGAAAAUUAACUGUAUCCAGCUGAAACCAGAACAGUAUCCACCCAUUAUACUAUACCAUCUAUGUCAUGCCAAUUUCCCACACUUUCCAAUACAUCCCAAUCAAUCACCACCACCUUUCCUGUCUUUUAAUAUAUAUACACAGAUAUAGCAUUCCUGUAGUCUACGGUUCCAUUCUUCAUUAGUCUGGGUGAUUCUUUCUGUAAUACUAUUGAUAUGGCAUACAGCCACCAUAGAAGUGAUAACAUACAGUAUCAUAUAGAAAUUAACGUCAUACUAUUCAAUUCAUUGGCUAUUUUCACCCAAAAUCAAAUCCCCUUGAGGUGCACAUUGGGCUUCCUCAUCCUCUCACAUCACCCACCAAGUGCAAUCAGGUCUUUGAGCAAAAGGAAUCCCAGGGAUGGGUUUGCCAUUGCCUGAGGCAGGAACAACCCAGAUUGUCUUCCCCAGGAUAUUCUUCAUGUGCACUACAGGGACUUUAGCCCCCUCUAGAGUACGUAAGAGUUUUGAUGGAGCAGGGCCAGCUCGAUCAGCAGAUCCCCCAUUGUUAACUAACCAGGUGGCCUUUGGUAUAUGUGUAGCCCAGUGUUUAAAUGUGGUGUUGUGUCCCGUCCCCCGCCCCACCCACCCCCCCUUGCUCUCAGUGUAGUCUUUAACAGUCCAUUGUAUUGUGUGAUUUUCCCGGAGGCUGGUGCGUGAUAGGGGAUGUGAUACACCCACUCAGUGCCGUGCUCUUUGGCCCAGGUGUCUAUAAGGUAGUUUCAGACAGCAGUCCUGUUGUCUGACUCAGUUCUCUCUGGGUGCCAUGUCACCACAGGACUUGUUUUUCCAGGCCCAGGAUAGUGUUCUGGGCAGUGGCCUGGGGCAUGGGAUAUGUUUCCAGCCAUCCAGUGGCUGCUUCCAACAUUGUAAGCACAUGGCACUUGCCUUGGCAGGUCUGUGGGAGUGUGAGAUAAUUAAUCUGCCAAGCCUCCCUAGAAUUAUAUUUCAACCGUCGACCUCCAUACCACAGAGGCUUUACUUGCUUGGCUUGCUUGAGUGCAGCAGAAGUUUCUCAUUCACGUAUAACCUGCGCAGUAGUGUCCAUGGUCAAGUCCAUCCAUCAGUCACGAGCCCACCUGUACAUUGCAUCUCUUCUGUGAUGGCCUGAGGUGUCAUGGGCCCACCGAGCUAGAAAUAAUUCACCCUUCUGUUGCCAGCCCAGAUCCACCUGAGCCACUUCAGUCUUAGUAGCCUGAUCCACCUGCUCGUUGUCUUGAUGUUCUUCACUGGCGUGACUCUUGGUGACGUGUUAAAUAUGAGAAAAAAGGUCUUUCCUGUGAGGGUGCCAGCGCAGUGGCACAGUCUGCCCAGGGAAGUUGUGGAGUCUCCUUCCCUGGAGACAUUCAACACUCACCUGUAUGUGUUCCUGUGCCCCCUGCUCUGGGUGUGCCUGCUCAAGCAGGGGGGUUGGACAAGAUGAUCUCCAGAGGUCCCUUCCAACCCCUACCAAGGUGAGCGGUUCUUACUGAUGACUCCUUGGCUCUCCAGUUGAUGAGUGAGCUCAUGGAUGGGAUUCAACGAGUCUCAAUUGGUGCGAUAUUGCCGCCGGUGCGCUGUUGUGGUGGCGAUCGGCACCUCUUGUUCUUUGACCUUCAGCAACCCCACAACAGAAGGGUCCUCCAAGAGACUGGGAAAGGUAGACAGAUGUUUAAUUCCCUCCAUCUCCAAGGCUGUUUACCAAAAGCCCACUGGUACCCUUCUGGGUGCUUGAAAUACCCUCUCCUGAGGCAGUCUAUGCCACAGACUCACGGAGCCUCGGGGCCACUCACGAUGGGGUACUUUUGCCACUCAUUCCUGGCUAGGCUCACUUCGGCCUCCAGUAGUUAGCUCUUGGGAUCCCCCUGUCACUCCAGCAAUGCUGAUGGGUUCUGCCCCCGUAGAGCUUGAUGGCAUUAGCGUGCACUGUGCACCAGUGUCCAGUAAAGCCUUAUACUCCUGUGGGGCUGACGUGCCAGGCCGUUGCAUCCACACAGUUCAGUAAGCCUGCUUAUCCCUUUCCUCCACCUGGCUGGAGGCAGGGCCCCUCUAGUCCUGGUCAGAGUAUUCUUUGCUCACACUGUGUAAAUAUGAAUCAGAAGUCCCUGUAUUAGGAUUUGACGUACAAUCAGCCCUUCUAUUCUGUCUGGAGAACUGCCCACUGGACACUGGAGCAGCAAUUUUCCUGGAAGAAGCCCCUUGUGAGACUGUUUUUCCUUGCAAAUCACGUAACCGUGCCUCUAGGGUCAAGGGAGAUUUUCCAUCCCACCUCCUCAUGCCCUCUGCAUGGUCAUGCAGGUAAAACCACAGGGUGGGCCAGGUGUGGACCCACUAUACCCUCUCUCUUGAGCAGGGUGAUGCUUACUCCUAAUGGCUGAGAUACUGGUUCAUGCAGGGGGUGGCUCUUUGUCUUUCCAGGUCAGUAUUGCCCGUGUGUUUGCGUGUGGUGCUGGAGCGCUCCAUACAAACUUCUGCCACAUGGGUCAUGUGCACCCGACUUCCUCUGGAUCUUUGGGUGACUGCUUGUCGUUUGGGUCAUCAUAAAUCACCUCCAGCAUGGCCAAUUCCCUCAGGUACUGGACACCUCUCUCCUUGGUGGUCCACUUGCCUGGACAACACAUGACAUCUUCCUUGAAGGGAUACCUUUCCUUCAUACCUGACAGUAAUCUCCUCCUGAGGCUGAGGGUUUGGGCCUCUUUUCCAAUCAUUUUGUUAAUUCCCCCUUCCCUUGAAAGGGAUCCCAGCUGUUUGGCUUCCCUACCCUCUCGUUCCAGGCUACUGGCCCUGUUUUCCCAGCAUGGGAGCUGCCAGGUGACAAUGUGCUUGAUGACUGAAAUCUUUUUGUAUAUUUCGCAGCUCUCUCAGGGAUAGGGAUUGGGUGGUUACCCUGUCAUUUAUGGGUUCUUCCUCUUCCUCCUUUUCUCCUCAUGAUGGUCAUGCUUUUUCACCAUCCCUUUCUCAACCAGCUGACUUUCUCUUUCAGGAUUUCUUCUUGAGUAUAAGGGCAACUGAUACUGGCAUGUGUUGGUUCUCUGGCUCAGCUGCAGUGUCUGUCGCGGGGGUUGAAGUAGCCACAGUUCCUGUUGUUUUGCAUCAGAUCCAGAGACCUUCUCUUCCCCUUGAGGGUACUGAACAGUGUUGAACAGGGCUUGGCAGGCAUGGGCCAGGCCCCAGCACGUUGCAGUGAUUUGUGUCUCUCUGGAAUUGCCAGGGUCACAGCAUACUUUUUUCAAAUAUUCUACUAAUUUUUCAGGAUUCUGCACAUGUUCAGGGGUGAAGUUCCAAAACUCUGGAGGUGCCCACCGUCCUUGGCAUUUGCAUGUGCUAUCCCACACACCCUGCGACUCAUAACUACCCAGCCUUGGGGCAGAUCUCUGGAUGUUAUUCUUAAAUUGCUUAUUAACCUUAGACCAAACCAAAACAAUAUUCCCAAGAAAUACCAAUAGAUGUAUCUUAACUACCUAAGGAUGUUCAAGAUACUGAAAAGUUAUUGUAAUGGAGGAGGAAACAUCACAGAAGAAGGUAAUGAAGGUGCCAGUCUGUAUUUCCUCCAUAAAAAACCUCUCAGAGAAAGAUGUAUAAUUGCUAAUUGUGUCCAUGAGGUGGUACCUGAAGUACAGUAACAGCUUCACUGCAAAGAUCAAAUACCUGAUUAAGCUCAAGGACACUCUUUUAAUAACAAAUCUCCCAGGCAAAACAUCACUAAUCACUGCAGGGCACAGCAAUCUGCAAAAACCAACACUGACCUUUAACAAGUGCAGCAAAGAAAUGAGCAUGGUGCAGAUAAACUAAUAUCAAGAACAGAUGAAUCAAUAUUGUGACCUGCAGCUCUUAACAGAUAUAAAUUCCAAGUACACUCUGGUUAAUCUGUUUUUAUCUCAAACCCUUUGAGCCCUGUGUUGGGUGCAGGAAAACACUAUUGUGGUUUAGCCUCGGUUGGCAACCAAGCGCCACGCAGCCUCUCACUCACCCUCCCCACCUCCUGGUGGGGUGAGGGAGGGAAUCAGAAGAGCAAAAGUGAGAAAACUUGUGAGUUGAGAUAAGAACAGUUUAAUUGUUGAAAUAUAAUAUUAACAGUGACAACAACAACAACAAAAAUAAUGAUAAUGUAAAGUAAUAAUAAUGUAAUGAAAAGGAAAACGAGAGAGAGAGAGACAACACCCAGGAAAAACAAGUGGUGUAAUUGCUCACCACCCACUGGCUGAUGCCCAGGUUGUCCCUAAGCAGCGAUCACUGCCCCCCCCGUCCAAGUCCCCCCAGCUUUAUAUACUGAGCCUGACAUAUUGUAUGGAAUAUUCCUUUGGCCAGUUUGGGUCAGCUGUCCGAGCUGUGCCCCCUCCCAGCUUCUUGUGCACCUGGCAGAUCAUGGGAAAGCUGAAAAAUGUCCUUGACUAGUGUACGCACAGCUUAGCAACAACUAAAACAUCAGUGUGUUAUCAAUGUCAUUCUCAUACCAAAUCCAAAACACAGCACUAUACCAGCUACUAGGAAGAAAAGUAACUCUAUCCCAGCCAAAACCAGGACAAUGAGCCUUGAAAGAGUAAGAAAUCCGUGUUCCUCUUGCUAUGGACAGUGUUACCACAUAGUCCUGUCCUGGUCCUUAAAGAAGAAUGUCUCCCUCUGUUUCUGUCUGAGGGCUGAUGAGCCUCUGCUCUUACCAGCCUUUUGGCCUGCAAUUUUCUUUUUAUCUCCUGGCCUCAGCCUGCACUAUGUGACUCAGGAAGCAGCUUUUUCAACAGAAAUUACAGCUUCUCCACAAGGGCAAGCCCAAGCCCUUCAGUAUGAUUCUUGUGGUGCUUUCCGUCUGCUUACUGCCUGCUGUAGUAAAGUAAUUUUGAUAAUCUAUGUGUCAUAUUGUUGGAAGUAAUUGAUAUUAGCAAGAAAUGGUUACCAAAGCUAUGAGCAUAUCCAUGUUUUUUUUCUAAUUGCCUCUACCUUUGGAGAAUAAUCUAUUCAAUGACCUAGAAUAAGGGCAUAUGCAUGAUUCAGUAUGCAUAUAAAAAACAUUUAAUAUGUUAUCUGGAAGCAUCAUCUUGAAAGCUGUUAGAGAAAUUGGGAAUUUUUGCAGUGGCUCCCAAAACUGUGAGUUCGGGACUGGACCAGCUACUGCAAAGUUAUAAACACAGACCAAGGAGAGUUGAUUACUGAUCACUGCUACCUGGACAUGGCACCAGUGUCAGCUUUAGGGCAGUUCUUGAACAUGUAUAGGAUCGUGUAACGGACUAUUGUGGCUGCUCAUGUUUGAUAGCAGAGGUAGAGAUGUCAGAUUCUGUAUAAGACAGCAGUUAAACCAACUAGUUUGGCCUAUGCCUUAAUUCAUAAAUGGGUGAGCAAAAUUGACCACUGAUGUCUUGUAUUGCUAUACAAGUUAAGGGUUUUUAAAAUUAUAAUUAAAAGGAAAUAUAUAUAUUGCCUAUGUUUUGAUCUGAUAUCCUGCCUUUGAUGUCUGGUUAUAAUCCGGAUACAACACCCAUUUCAUUAUGCUUAUGUUGCAUUCUGUUGAUCUGGCCCUUCUCCAGACCAAUGAGUGUGUUUUUUGCAGAAUGUAUCGUUUGCUGCCUCACAAUAAAUUUGCCAAGUUGUCUCUAGUGUUUGUGUAAAGCAGCAAUCUAGUUGCAGUAGAUCCUUCAGAACUGGGUGUGCAGAAUGGAUCCCUCUAGUGUCUCACAUUUCUACAUGUGUAAGUAUUAUUGUUGUUAAAAGGAGUGAAGGAGUGCACCUUUUGUUUUUUCUUUUUUUUUUUCUUUUGUUUUUUUUUUUACUUAAUCCGAUACCAGGCUCUUGAGGCUUGUUUGAAAUGUUAUGCACCACCAUUCUCUCCUCUUUAAUCACAACACAGAAAAUGAAUUUGAUGUUUCCCCCUCACAUGCUGCAUCCCCAUAAUACAUCUCCUGCUGCCUGCUGCCUGACCAAAAAAAAAAAAUCAUAGAUUAGCUUAAACAAAUGUUUUGCCAUAGUAGUGGGUUAUACAACUUUUGAAGAGCUAAGGCUGAUUGAAAUUGUUUUCUAACUGAUACCUAAUUGAGUCGCAUGUGCACUGUGGCACCUGCAAAGUGAGCACUACCUGCUCUGGGCGGGAUGCCCAGGAGUGCUGUCCUUGAAACUGGACUAUUUGUAGGAAAACAUGAAGGGAUAAUGAUGUAGUAGAACCACAGUCGCUCCCAGAUAGCAGUCCUAACCUGCCAACAAAGUGUCUGAUCAAGAAUUUAUCACCCUCAGACCCUCAAUUCUGCAUAUGCUCCUGGACGUGUGUCUGGAAGUGCUCUAAGGAAUUGCCUAGUGGUGUUUGUUACUUUCUACCUUAACUGGAAAAGGGAAGGGCUGGCAGUCUUUCUCUUCUGCUUGCUGCACCUGAUGUGACUUGCUGUUGUGGUUUAACCCCAGCCAGCAACUAAGCCCCACACAGCCGCUCACUCACUCCCCCAUGGUGGGAUGGGGGAGAGAAUCAGAAGAGUAAAAGUGAGGAAACUCUUGGGUUGAGAUAAGAACAGUUUAAUAGGUAAUGCAAAAGCCAUGUGCACACACAAAGCAAAACAAGGAAUUCAUUCACCACCCUCCACCAGCAGGCAGGUGCUCAGCCAUCUCCAGGAAAGCAUCAGGUGUCAUGGUUACUUGGGAAGACAAAACGACAUCAUUCUGAAUGUACCCCCGUUCCUCCUUCUUCCCCCAGCUUUAUAUGCUGAGCAUGACAUGAUAUGGUGUGGGAUAUCCCUUCGGUCAGUUGAGGUUGGCUGUCCCAGCUGUGCCCCCUCCCAGCUUCUUGUGCACCCCCAAUCUCAUUGGUGGGGUGGGGUGAGAGGCAGAAAAGGCCUUGAUCCUGUGUAAGCACUGUUCAGCAAUAAUGAAAACAUCCCUGUGUUAUCAACACUGUAUUAAUCACAAAUCCAAAGCAUAAUCCUGUAUUAGCUACUAUGAAGAAAAUUAACUCUAUCCCAGUGAAAACCAGCACAUUUGCAAACAGCAUAAAACUGUAAAAAACAUUUGAGGUGAGCCAACAGGUAAAAGGACUUCAGGGGUGCUUGCCCAUGCCAAGCCAUGGAACGCUUUUUUCUGAAGCUCAUUUUUUGAAGAAAUGGAGGAGAGGAGUAUCAGAUUAGCACAUGUAAAAUGGCCUGUGCAAGGCAGUUGCAUGUCCACUGAUUGCCUUUGUGAUGCUUGACAGAGCACAAGUAAUUUCUGACAUGAGAGCCUGCCUCAGCUGCUGUCUGUCAUGGUUUCCAUUUUGCACCUCUCUCUUUGAAACUUCGGCCUCUACUGUUUUUAGGUUGUGAAACUGUCUGUCCUCGGGGACACUAUGCCUCUUAUCUGCUGGGACCUUCCUCUGACAGAGAUCACAAUGACUGUUUGGUUGAGUUAUUUGUUGAGAGAUUAUUUCCAGACCAGGAAUUUAAACCAAGAAGAACUCUGGAUUGUUUGCGAUGGACUUUAAAACACAUUCUCAGUCAGAGUUUUUAUUAUAAAGAAAACUGAGGAGAAGGGAGGGUUUGCACAGAGAAGGAACAGGGUAUGCAGGUUUUCCUGCCCACUCUAGAUGUCUGUCAGUAGUAUAUGUAAUGUAAACAGGAAAAAAAUAAAAUUAGCUGCUGUCAAAAACUGACAGAAGCAAUAGUCGUGUUACUAGGGAAAUGCAUUUAUUGUAAACAUGAGAAGAAUUAGAAGUUAUAAAGAAGAAAAUGAGCAUUUUUGUUAAAAUUGGAUGUUACAUUUGAAAGAGGAAGUACGAUACAAAGCAUCUUGGCUUUUUAGGAUUCUUUAAAAAAAAAGGGCACAAACUGUAUUAUCUUAGUGCACUUCCAAGCCAUCUGAUAUAAGCUGGGCGUACUUAGAGGCUUAAUAAUGAUAGCAAUGCACAGUUGUUUCCAUACUGGCAAUGGCAUUACUGAAACUCAUUAUCAUAGUCACGUCCCUGAGAUUUGUACUUGUUGCUUAUAAGGAAGGUUGCAUGUGUGAAAAUAGUGUCACCUGCCAUUUCUCACUGGCAGACACAUUAAUUUUACUAAAUCUGAUUUGUUAAUAGAAAAUAUCUUACUUUCAAAUAUUAUGCAAAAAUUAUGCAAUUAUUUUUCUGUGUAGUAUUUGUCUGUAGUGAGGCAUUUAGGCAAAGAAAAAUUCAUCACCAAAAUAGAACCAUGGAGAAAAAGUAACAGCUUUAGCCUGUGCAUGGUCUAAGUGAUAUGACAAAAACCUUGAUGGGGAUUUCACAGAAAGCAAGCCAUUGCAAUUUCAUCUUCAUGAGUGCAUUUGUAGCUUAAAAGAAGCUUAGACUUUAAGCCUCACUAACAAUUUACUUGGAAACAGCAACACACUGUGUGUGGCUUUGCAUCAGUCUGGUGUGGGUUAUCUCCAACCCUCCUCCCCUGCGUCUUGCUGCUGGUAGUAAUCCCAUUAGACGAUUACGUCUGCUGUCCUCAACAGGCAGAUUUAGUCAUAAUCGAAAAAGUACUUCAAGUGGGUUUAAUUAACUGUGUGGUCAUGUUAUUACCACAACCUCUUGUACCCUAUAACUUUGCCUUAAGUAAAGUGAAUUUAUGGCCCAUUACGACGUGCUAGUCUGUAGCUGUGCACAUAACUGUCUAUUAUUUAGACAAAACUAGAAGACUCAAGGGCUGAGCAUUUUCAUACUCAAGAAUCUUCAAUGCAGCUGUACUAAAUACCACUGUAAUAUCUGAUUACCAAUCUGUGGCUGAAUCAUUUGAGGAAAGUGGUCUGUAAGCUGGUGAGCAUCAGCUAGAUCUUUCCAGAGUUAUUUUGUUUAGCUCAGUGGAAGAGAAAUGUAUACUUCAGUGUGGCGGGCAUUUGCUUCCAGUGUGGCUGAUGGCCUGGAUCCAAACAGCUGUUAUGAUCCUGGGAAUGGGAGAUCUUUAUGCUCAGACAAAGGUGCACCAAUUUGUUUCUCAGUAGAAGGCAGGCAGAAUUGGCCUUUAACAGAGAAACAUUUUUAUUUUCUUACACAUUUCUAAUCUUUUGGCUAAUGAUAUUUAUCUUUGGCUAGUGAUGUUUAUCAACGCACAAUUUAUUUCUCUAUUUUAAUAGGAGGAGAGGGAAAGCUAUUGAGGGAAAGUAGUUGACCUGGUUAUCCAUAUGGAUGGAGACCUAGUGAGAAGUUUUUGAGCUUUCUUUUCCCAUAGAACUGUCUUUGGAACGGAACUGAAAAAACUAGCAUGUUCAUUAAGAGUGGGUCUAGAUUUGGGAAGUGAAUGAACUCUGCAGACUUACACUUAGUGCAUAUGCAGACAGAAGUUCCUGAAUAGAAACGGAGCUUGUGUGCUCUCCUUGAGGUGGGGAUAGCAGGGGAAGAUGUCCAGUACGAAUGUAGCUGUGCUUUUGAAACCUGUUGUCCAGGCUUUUCCUUCAGAGAAACUCUCUUGUUAAAUGCAAGCUGCACAGAUUCACAGUCUCUAGCUGAGAGGUGUGUUGUGACCUCCAGCCUCCACAGUACAAAAUAAACAGAAUAUUAGUGUCUAACCUGUACUGAACAGUGAAGUCUCGUGCACUAGCAAGACAUUAUCACUCUAUUUCCAGGCUAUGUUGGCCAGGAUGAGGAGGUCUAAGCGUUUCUACAGUUUGGUGUUUGCUGUAGUUUUAGUAUGUUUGGACCUAGUGUUCUGGUAACACAGGAGAUCCCGUGGUGUUAGAACCUGGGGGACAGGUACUGUUUCUGAACUGUGUACAGAGGGGAAAAAAGCUGAUAACUGUGACAUCUGCUUAGCUAACUUUAACAACUAACUCUUAAAGCAAGUUGCUGUUUCACUACUGGAUAAAAGAAAUACAACAUCUUUUGGUGGAAAUGUAAGGAUCUGAAUGGAAAAUACAGAUUAACAGAAGGAUUAUACAGUGGAAACUUUCAUUUGAGAAAGUUUCACUGCAUCCACAAAAUGGUCAGAAGGAACAUGUGGAAAACUUUAUACUGUCCUGUUUCUUCUAAAAUGUGGCAGGUUCAAAAGAGAAGCCCAGAAAUAACCUCCAGCAGUAGCGUAUAGAUACAACCCUACUUCCUAGGAAAGGAGGAGAACAUUAAAAUGUUGUGCUGGGACAAAGUUGUAAAGUGCAGUCUUUACACCAAGCUAAUGUACACAAAAUGUCGAUCUGUGCGUUGAUUACUAUUGCUCAAGUUUUGCCCAGUAACUUAAUUGCUGAAUCAUGAAGAAAGCUACCACUGAAAAAAAAAAUGCUAUUUUGUAACAUUUUGCCAUCAUUGUAUUACCUAAGUCAGGUCUUAUUUAAUGUUGUUGGCUGAAGGGUCACUAGAUGUGUGAUAUUAAAACUGUGAGUCUUUCCUUGAUGGAAAGGGUCUUUUCUCACCUGAGAGUUGCAGCGUCUGCCCAAAAAGGCAAGAUGGGCAAGAUGGCAGGCAUUUACAAGCUGGAGCAAUGGACAGUGGGGCAGAGAGGUUUCAGAAAAGUAAUCCAGGGUUUAAAUUUUCUGAUGAAAGCCCUAUGAGGUAUGUUCUGUGUGAAGUCGAAUUCCAUGCCGCAUCUGGCACUUGGCAGCCAUUUCAGUACUUCUUCCCAGGGACUUUCUGCAUGCCCCUGGUUAGUAUUCAGAGGAGAGGAAGACUGUGGCAGCCAGCUGGAAAAUGUAGAACAUUUUGUCAUCCAUCAGCACCCUGCUCUGCCAAAAAAUGGCAAAGUGCAAGUACGACACCCCUGCUGUGGUGCUGCUAUCGAACAGGUAUUGUCUUCUAAGCUGGUAUGUGGGGGCACCUGCAAAAUACAGAAAAGGGAAAAGAGUUGAUUUAAUUCCUUGUGGACUUCACCUGACUGAUCAUUGUCAAAGCAAACUAGUCAUUGUGACAAAGCAGCACAACAAACAGACUCUUACAGCUUCCCUUCGGACUGGCUGCUUCUGCACUUAGGGAUGGGCUGUACCCUUCUGCCAGCCCGAGGGGCACCUGGACCUGUGCCCAUCACAGCAAGUUUCAGCUCCUCUCUGGCUACACGUUUCUUUUAUCUUUUCUGUGGGCCUGGGUUGCAAACCGGCAGGUUUUCCACACCUGGGUGGAAAUUAUUCCAGGCACAGACUGGUGGGAUGCUUUCUUCUCCUUCAGUUCCUUGUGUGGGCUCUGCUCUCAAUUUAUUUCCUUGGCAGCUCUCGCCUGCUAUGCAGUAGUUAGUAAUUUUUCUUGUGUGGGUAAGGUCUGAGGCCCUGGGUACAUGACCCAGAUCCAGAAGCUGAACAAAUCUCUGUUUCAGCAUGGUGAAGGUAAGUGCUGUGCAUAUGCUUGAGUGAGGGGUGAGUGGAAUUGGGGCUGUGUGAGGUGCCAGGCUUGGCCAGGAGUAUGUCGUGACCCCUUUGAGCUGAGCUGAUAUUUCUUCACUCUUAAACCCCUGGGAAUGUCCACAUUUCACUUGAAGGAUUGUGUUGCCAAAUUGUUGUUUUCCCCCUGGGGUCACGUCAUUGUAAGGAUUUCUGACGUAUGUAAGGAUUUCUAUCCUUGGGAAGUCCUCCAGCAUCAAAAAACCAGCCCAAUGGAGUAAAGCUGCUUUUGAACAAGCCUCAAGUAUGACUCUGCUUUGGUUUAUGAACUCUUUGGUUUAUGAACGGUGCAUCACACCGAGUUCAGGUUCUUGAUGCUGUUCUGCAGCAAUUUCUAUUUUGCUUGUUACAAGCUUUCAAGUGCUUCUAAGUACCAGCGUGUUAACUGACUGCUGAACUGACAAUAUAAGCUUUAAUCUGCACUGCUUCUGUAGCCUUGCACUUGAUGAUGGAGGAGCCAAAGAAACAGCCGAACCUAGUAGGAAGACCCACUGAAGCCAAAUAACUUAGCUAACGUGUUUUGUAACCCGUGUGUUUCUGAGAAGCAAUAAGAUUAAAUGGAUCAGCUGUUGUGCUCGGUGCCUGGUGGAAAGGAGCUUAUUUAAAUUAAGAGGACCAGAGAAUCUGUGCCACAUUCCAGAAAGAAGAUGAGUUCCACGGAAGACCUUGACUACCCUCAAAUCAUCUUGCAAUACAACAGUGGAUUUUUAGUCUCAAAGGUUAUGUUCACUGCCUGUGAGUUGGGGGUGUUUGAUCUUCUGCUGGAGUCAGGAAAGCCUCUGUCUUCAGAUGCCAUUGCUGCACACUUGGGUACCAGUACCACGGGGAUGGAAAGACUGCUGGAUGCCUGUGUGGGACUGAAGCUCUUGGCAGUAGAGCUGACACAAGAAGGAGCCCUCUACAGAAACACAGAAAUUUCCAACAUCUACCUUACAAAAUCAAGUCCUAAGUCUCAGUAUCAUAUUAUGAUGUAUUACUCCAAUACAGUCUACUUGUGCUGGCAUUACCUGGCUGAUGCUGUCAGAGAAGGAAGAAACCAAUAUGAAAGAGCUUUUGGCAUUUCUUAUGAAGACCCUUUUGGAGCAAUGUACAGAUCAGAAGAAGAAAUGCUGAAAUUCAUGGCUGGCCAGAACUCAGUAUGGAGUAUAUGUGGCAGAGAUGUUCUUGCUGCUUUUGACCUUUCCCCUUUCAGGCAGAUCUGUGACCUGGGAGGAGGUGGAGGAGCUUUGGCCCAGGAGUGUGUUUCUUUGUACCCAAAUUCCAUGGUCACAAUUUAUGACCUGCCGAAAGUUGUGCAAGUGGCCAAAGAGCAAUUUGUUCCUCCUGAGGAGCAUCGGAUCACUUUCCAUGAAGGAGACUUCUUUAAUGAUUCAAUUCCAGAAGCUGAACUGUAUAUUUUAUCCAAGAUACUGCAUGAUUGGGAUGAUAACAAAUGCAGGCAGCUGCUGACAAAAGUUCACAAGGCUUGCAAACCUGGCGGUGGAGUGCUGCUGGUUGAAUCUCUUCUGAAUGAAGACAGAAGUGGGCCUUUAGAAACCCAGCUGUAUUCGAUGAAUAUGUUGGUGCAGACAGAAGGAAAAGAGCGAACAGCAGCAGCGUACAGCAAGCUCCUUGAGGCAGCUGGCUUUGGAGAGGUUGAAGUCAAGAGGACUGGAAAACUCUAUGAUGCUGUUUUAGGAAGGAAAUAAUAGUACCUCCGUUAUGUAACUAGCAAGACAGAGUAAGUGCAAAAUGUGAUAUUCUUUUCUUAGAAGACAAUCAUCAACUUAGCUUUUAGUUAAGGCAGCCAACUUUUUUGUAAGCUGAUACAUUGUCGGGAAAAUCACUGGCAGCCUGAUUAGGGCUUGCUUUUGGCUCUGGAAGGGAGAGAAAGAAAUCAACACCUGUUCUACAAGAAAUAACCCACAAAUGAAAUGUGCAGUGUGUCUGCUUCAGAUUUUUUCAUGCUUUCCAAUUUUAACACUGUUUCUGACAAAAUCAAAGCUGAAUUUGUACUUGGAUUCCUGUAAAAUAAAACUGAUC